AUGGUCGAUUGGUUCUCUGCGAUUAAAGAUGUCAAGGAGCAGGACCUGGUGGACAAGAUUGGGUUGGAUGCCGUCGUCUUCCUACGGUUUAUGCGGAUGAUACGAAAUAUCUUCUGCGUGGUCACAGCCUUGGGAUGCGGUAUCUUGAUACCAAUCAACGUCGUGGGAGGGUCGCCGUUCUACAAACAGUGGAAUUCGGUGCCCACCCUGCUCAAAUUGACCCCUCAGUAUAUUUUUGGGCCAAAGUUCUGGGCGUAUGUGAUUGUGGCAUAUUUGAUGCAGGGCACAGUCUGCUUCUUCCUGUGGUGGAAUUACAGAGCUGUGUUCAAGUUAAGGAGGACUUACUUCGACAGCCAAGAGUACAAGGCUAGUUUGCACUCGAGAUCUUUGCUGCUCACACACAUCCCCAAAGCCUCGCGUACCGACGCCGGCAUCGUCGACCUUGUCGAGCAAGCGAAGCAAACCAGCGAUAUACCCCGCACAGCCGUCGGACGCAAUGUGAAGGAUCUACCAAAAUUAAUCGAGGCACAUAGUGAAGCUGUCAGAGCCUUGGAGAAGCAUCUCGCAACAUACCUACGCAACCCGGACCGGCUACCUGCCAAACGACCUACCUGCAAGGUCGCAAAAGAGGACCAAGCUGCUCAAGGCAAAGGCAAGGUCGACGCCAUCGACUAUCUCAGUGCAAGGAUCGCACAGCUUGAGGUCAACAUCAAAGAGGUCCGGGAGAGUGUCGACAUGCGCAAUCCCAUGUCUUAUGGCUUCGCAUCGUACACCCACAUCGAAGAUGCCCAUGCAGUUGCUUAUGCCACACGGAAGAAAGGGCCUGGUGGCUGCGACGUCUAUCUUGCUCCGAAGCCGCAUGACCUUCUGUGGCAAAAUCUUGCCAUGAGCCGAAGGACGCGCCGCGUCAGGAAGUUUUGGGAUGGUCUCUGGAUUGUUCUCUUCACCAUUGCCUUCAUUGUCCCUAACAUCCUCACCUCGGUCUUUCUCAGUGACUUCAGCCAUCUCGGGCUUGUUUGGCCUGCUUUCCAGCAGAACCUUCUUGCGCAUCCUACAGGCUGGGGUAUAGCACAAGGUAUUUUGGCACCGCUGGUCCAAACCUUGAUGUACAUGGGAGUGCCUGUCGUUUUCCGCCGUCUGUUCACACAUUCUGGCGAUGUGUCAAGGACAUCCAGGGAGCGCCAUGUCACUGCUCGGCUAUAUGCCUUCUUCGUCUUCAACAACCUCCUCGUAUUCUCCGUCUUCGGUUCUGCCUGGAGAUUCGUUGCCUCUGUGAUUGCAGCUCAGGAUCGAGGUGUUUGGCAAGCCAUCCAAGAUGGUCAUCUUUUCAGCCAGCUUAUGACUGGUUUGUGCAACGUCUCAACCUUCUGGUUGACAUGGCAGAUGCAGAGGAAUUUGGGCGCUGCAAUCGAUCUCUCGCAAGCUUGGAUUUUCACAUGGAGCUGGAUACAGCGGAAGUGUUUCUCACCAACGCCACGCGAGCUGAUCGAGCUCAGUGCUCCACAGCCUUUCCCAUACGCCGACUACUACAACAAUUACCUCUUCGUUUCCACUGUGGGGCUCUGUAUGGGUAUUCUACAACCCAUCAUUCUGCCAGUCACAGCCUUUUAUUUAGGCAUGGACUGCGUUUUUAAGAAGUACCUAUUGCAGUAUGUCUUCAUCACAAAGACGGAGUCUGGAGGACGAUUCUGGAAAGUUCUCGUUAACCGGAUACUUUUCGCUGUAUUGCUGGCGAAUGCCGUCAUUGCUCUGAUUGUAGGUGCGCAGGGAGUUGGUUCCAUCAACUCGGUACAGAACGGAAACAUGCUUUACGCCAUGAUACCAUUGCCGGUCUUACUCCUCCUCUUCAAGUGGUAUUGCCGUCGCGCAUAUGACGAUAAGCUCGUAUACUACGCCACGAUACCCUAUUCGGAUUUGGAGGGUUCUCAGCAUCCGGAUCAUCCGUCAUCGAAGAAGAGGAACCAAAAGGUGGCUGUUCGUUACGGCAACCCCGCGAUAUACAAGAGACUACUCACGCCAAUGGUUCACGCAAAGUCUCAGCACCUUCUUAAAGAGAUAUACCACAGUCGAUCAGCCACUGCGCACAACAUCUUCGACGCUCCGCACCGUCGCUCAACUGACCGCGCAAGGCCCGAAAGUAUGGCCUACGGGGACAUGUUCGAGCUGCAACCCCAGCCCGCCGACAAAGCAGCCGACGGCGCGCCCGAAAUGCCAAACGUGGAGCUAGUCGCGGAGGGUGAUCUUGACUUUGAAAAUUUCAAGAAGCGCGCCGAGUUCAGGGAGCAGUUUGGUGGCGACGGAGAACUCUACGGACGACCGGAGGAUAUGAGCUCUAGGCCGGGAACGCCUAGCACGUUUACUACAUUCACCGAGAGGGCGCCGUAUAGAUUGCGGGAAACGGGUUCAAGAGCUUCGAGCGUGACUAGGCUCGGCGAUAUUGAAGACCCUGAGCAGGGUGUUGAGUACGCGCCAGGUUACCGCCAAGCUCCGGCAGGCGAUGGCAUUGUUGGCGGCGGUAUCCAUGCCAUGCCCUUGGACGCCGAGCAAGUUUUAGAGACAACAAGCAGUCAGCAGCCCCUGAUGCAUGUAGAUCAGAAACACGCCGAGAACGAUGGAGAUGAAGGUUAUUUCCAUCAGAACUCGAGCAACGAAGACACGAGUUAUGAACGAUAUAGAAGCGCGAGGUGA